AAGAAGAGGCCGCCCCUGUGUCUCCGAGCCUGAGCGUUUCAAUGGCGAAAGGCGACGACGCAAUCAGGAAGAAGCUGAACAAGGCCAACAGGAAGAAGCUCCGCAAGGACGACCGCUCUUCCUCCUCCGUUACUGCUCGCGUCGCCUCCAUUAUCGCCGCCAAGAAGCGCCGCCAGUCCGGCAAACGCCGCAAAUGCCAGGGUAUGUGCUUUAGCCUUCCUACACUAGAGGAUCCCUUCAAUGACAGGAAUGGUAAAAAGGAUUUUGAAAAAGUUACCAAGAAGGUCAUGCUUCCGCAUAGGGACGAGACUGAGUUUCUCAGGGAGAAAUGUAAAGAAAUUAUGAGAAAGAACGAGAAGGCGAAGAAUCCGGGGUUGAAAAAUAUGAAGGUGACGAGUGUGAAGAAUGAGCAGAAGAAAUCGUCUAUUGAUAGCGCAGUACAGAAAAGCAGAAUAGACUCAGUAAAGACAAAGGCUCAGCUGAGUGGGGAACAGGAAAAGGCCUGCGAAAGCUCAGAUUGUCCAUCCAAGUAUCUGAUUCGGUGUUUGAAUGAAAUUGAAAAUUCACUGCGUUGUGAUGGUACCUAUUGUAAUGAGGAGGGCAAGCCUUUAUUUGUUAGUACCUGGGGAGUUGAGUUUUGGAAAUGCUAUUCUGCUGGGAAGGAUAUAUUAGAGACUAGUGGAACUUCUUCGACAAUAGAGAAAAUUGCAUGGAUUGUUUCCAGUGCUGCUGAUUCAAUUUCUAGAAAGGAUGAAGAAGGUCCAUCUGCCACCAGUCCAUUUCUUUUGUUCCUUGUUGCAUCUCAGGAGAAAGCCGCCAAGAUACGUUCAGUGUGCAAACCUUUGAAGGUUCUUGGAAUACAUACAGUGAGUAUACACCCUGGUGCUUCCUUAGAUCACCAGAUUCAAGGUCUGAAGAGUUCGGAGCCUGAGUUUAUGAUCUCAACACCUGAGAGGCUCGUGGAGCUUCUUUCCUUGAAGGCCAUUGAUCUAUCAGGGGUUUCUUGGCUGAUCGUUGAUGGACUGGAGUCUUUUCAUAAACAAGGUUAUUUUGAUAAAGUAAAUUCCAUCCGAAAUUAUAUAUCCAGAACAAGCCGUACAGUUGUUUUUGAUGAUUGUCUUAGACGUGCGUGCAUACCAGUGGUGCAAACUCUUCCGAUUGGAUCAGUCCAUAGCCUUUUUACUGCUUAAGACACGAAACUUGCCGGACCAUUUAUCAAGCCGACAAAUGUCUGUUUCAUCAGCAUUGUUGUAACAUUGAAGUACUUCUCUCAUUUUGGACUUGCCAAUUUUCUCAUCCAGGUUUAUGUGCAAUUUUGUCCUUCUUAGUAACACUUGAAAAGGGUUGUAAGACUUUGUAUAUGUCAUUAUUUUUAUGGAUACAAAAAGCAAAGUUCCUUGCU